AUGGCCAGCCUUCGCCUCGCGAGGGCCGGUGCGAUCAACCAGGGGGUGUUCUUGUCCGGGUCUCUGACUAACGACGGGCACGCUCGGGUAGAUGCCUUCGUCGACCGCUGGCACUGCAGGCGUUCGGCGGAAAGAUCGGGGCUUAUCCUCGCGGCGGUACUUGAACAUCUAGCCAGGAGCGUAAGGACUCGACUCCUCGCCGGCUACCUCGACCGCUGGAGGAGAACCCGCGCCCCGCUGCCCCGCACGCUCCUCCGGCCCAAGACCUUCCUCCUCCUCGACAUGCGCCGUCGAGACAACCUGCACAAGGCCCUGACGGCGUGGGGCCUGCUGACCCGUCAGCUGCAUGCUGACCGAGCCCUGACGAGGCGGAAAGGUGCUCGCGUCGCCCGCCAGCUGAGGCGGGGGGACGCGAAGUUGAGGGCGGCCGGCUUUUCUAGGUGGAUCGAAGCUACUCGGGCACGGAGGGAUGAAGAGAGUCGGCGGGUUGGGUGCUUCGAGCGGUGGAAGCUCUUCGUGCUCCUUUGCCAGCACAAUUCAAGCUGGGGGGUCGAGCGCGCUAUGCGCGUUCUCCGCCGCGCGUGGCUGCAGCACUUGGCUUUUCACCGCCUCUCGGCCUGGCACGCUGAGCGGGUGGCGGCGCGGGCGUUGCGCGACGUCCUGACCACGACCCUGUUGAGGGGCGCCUGGGUGGCGUGGCGGUGCACGGUUGCGCGCGACAACCGAAGCAUGAUGGCUCGACAAGCGUGGUGCGUGAUUGAGGCACCCAUUUACUGUUCGUAUUUCGUAUAUAACCUAGUAGCAUUGUGA